AUGGACCCCGAUGGAUUAGAGGAUGCGCUGGACCUGUCUAAGGACAGGUCUCAGAACCAGGGCGUGUACAUUUACCAACCCGCAAAAGCUGGGAAAGCUUCCGGCGAACGACCCUCGAAACGCCGCAAGGUCUCGAUGAACAAGGAUCCGAUUGAGAAGCUUGAUGGCCCGGGCUUUGUGCCCUUGUUGAACGGAGACGAAAGCGCCGAAUGUGUGCAAUUGCGAUACGACACCUACAAACAACUAUGGUCCGAGCAGGAACACAAGAUUCAGUCAAUUCUUGAAGAUGUUGAUGCUGGUGUCUUGACGGACGUGCUAUCUUUCGUGAGAGAGACAUCGCCGCAGACGUCCAACGGAUGUAUUCCGACAGCUCUCGUCACUGUGGGAUCCAAUGUCUCUUCGCUCAGCAGAUUGCUCUCUCGCCUUAAUGGCCAACUCAAAUCGACCAAUGAAGGAGGUGUGAUAGUUCUCGAGUCCGGUGAUGCGCCCAACCUGAAAACAACCUUGAAAAACAUCAUCCGAACGGCAGUAACCAACACUGAGGGUAAUGAUGGAUACCAGCGGUUCCUCACAGAUCGUUCUGGACCCCGAGUGCUCGGUUACGAUUUGGAUCUACUCCACGACUACGUCCAAAGAAGAGGCACUAAGAAGCUAGUCCUUGCUUUGCGGGACAGUGAAGCCUUUGAUCCUGGACUAUUGACCGAUCUUUUUUCACUAUUCACAUCCUGGCUUGAUCGGAUACCGUUCACAGUAUUGCUGGGCAUUUCCACGUCGGUAGAGCUCUUUGAAGGUCGACUACCCAGAUCAUGUGUCUCGUUGCUCCAGGGAAAGCAUUUUGAAGUACAAGAGGCGGGCAACUGCGUGGAUCGUAUCUACGAGGCCCUUCAGACAAGCUCAGAUGGAAGGAUUUGGGUUGGUCGCAAUAUAACAAGCACAUUGUUUGAAAAAGCCACCGACUAUUUCCAAACACCUGAGGCCUUCAGUCGUAUGGUCAAGUACGCCUGUAUGUCACAUUUCUUUGCCAAUCCUCUGGCGGUGCUUCUGGGAAACCCAGAUAAAUCUCUCCUAUCUCAAGGUCAGUUCUGUGAAGCCAUCAGAAAUCUGCCGUCUUUCAGAAUGUUCUGUGAAGAUCUAGUAGAAACAGGUUCUACUAAUGAAGCGCGGAGUAUGAUAGAAGACGAUGAGUAUCUACUACGCGCGGCUUCAGAUCACGUCGACGCAGGCCAGCAAGCAAUGCGUCACAUCUUCCGUGCAGUGCUUCUCAUCCACACAUGUCUUCAGCACACCCAUGCCACCAAAAAGACAACCAUUUCAGAUCUCUCUGUUCGCGCCCUUUCUGGGGAGCUCAUUGACUCACCGCUCGUGGAGGACAUGUUGGCCACGGUAAGGACUCUCGACUCCGAGAAGCUGGGCGAAGUCCUGGACACCCUUCCCAAGAAACUUUCCGACGAUUCACCUCUCACUGGAAUUCAAGCCGAUUUGAAAGCCUUACUGGAGGCGAAUCCUGACUCCAUACCACUGCGCAGCGAAUACAACAUCAACAGCUCUGUAAUGAAAACGACUGUUGUCCAGCAACGGGUUCUGCUCACCAAGGGCACGGCCAACCUACCUGAGCAAGAUCUUCAGUACACCGAGAUCAUCGAUCGCCUGGUGGGUGCGUUGCAUGAGUAUUUUACUGAGACAUUGGUUCGGCCACAGGAGCUCUUCAUGAACGAAGCAUUUGUCUUUGACCUGCGUAAUCCUUUGAAAGAAACAUUCACGCCUCGGCCACGUUUUGCUAUUGAACGGGCCCUGGCUAGUCCAUUUGAUUACUUGAUCUCCACUACUGCUGCUACUGCCGGGGCUAGAAUCUCUGCAAAACAGCCAGCUGCUGCCAUCUUAUAUCAGCUUUAUCUCGAGUCUGGCGCUUUGGUCAAUGUCCAUGAUCUAUGGCAGGCUUUCUACGGAGUCUAUGAAAGUGAUCAAGGCAAGAAGGUUGAUGACCGAGUGGUCAUGUCGUUGUUCUAUAGCGCGUUGUCUGAUAUGAAGAUGUUUGGCAUGGUCAAGACUAGCCGAAAGAAGACCGAUCACUUGGCUAAGUCGGCAUGGAUGGGGUUGUAA